AUGAGGCUUUGGCAGAGUCAGACGAGGGCGGUGGAGCGCCUCAAGGCCGCCGGGUUGCCCGCCGUGGAUGAGAUGCGGCGCUUCCGCCUGCUUGUGUGCUGUCUGUUCUGCAGCAUUUGCACCUCCCUUGUCUACGCCUUUGACCUCUUCACGACGCAGUUCGUGGAGCGCUUUCAUCUCAGCGUCGGCGACCAGUCCACGAUCAGCACAGUGGGGCUGGUGUUCUGCUACUUCACGCUGCCAUACGGCUUCCUGUACGACUACGCCGGCCCUUUUCCCCUGAUACUCAUCUGCGUCGUCACAGGCGGGCUCGGGUCGCUGCUGCUUGGACUGACGUUCGACGGGUUCAUCCCGGGAAACGUGACCAACUUCUCUGUGUUCUACGCCAUGAUGAACACCUGCGCCGGCCUCAUUGAAACCUCCUACAUUUUGACCCUGGUAGAGGCCUUCCCGCGCAACCUCGGCCCCGUCAUUGCACUUGCGAAGGUGCUGACCGGGCUUGGCUCCUCCGUGCUUGCCUCCGUGAGCGUGAACCUCUUCGGCGACAACAUCUCCGGCUUCAUUUACGCCAUCAUGGCGUACUCCGUCGUGGUGUGCGGCGUGGCGGCCUUCGUGGUGGUCCUGCCGCCGUACUUCGUCAACGGGUGGCGGCGCCGCGGAAAGAGCGAGGAGCAGCUCGCCGCCAUGAGGGCCCUGGCGCCCGCGUACCGCCGCAAGUUCGUCCCGGUGCGUCGCCUGGGCGUCGGCUACGUCGUUGUGGCCCUGCUGCUGGUCUUCUUCACCGUGCAGGCCCCCGUGGUGAGCUACACGAAGGUGUCGAGCGGGGCUUCCAUCGCCCUCGGCGUCAUCACGAUUGCGCUCGUGCUGUGCUUCUUCCUGAUGCUGCUGCCUGUGCGGUGGCUGGGCGGCAUGGACGGCGACGCUGAGGAGGAGCCCGGGCGGGCCAAUGCUGCGGAGGAGGAGUCGUUGCCUGUCCGGGACAAUAAGGCGGGCCCCGACCCUGCAGACACCGAGCUGCUAGAUAUCCCGAAAAAUUGGCCGGACAAUGGGCCGGACGAGGCCGCAAAUGUGUCUGACGUCGACUCAGGGGUCCCGCAGGCUCCCCGCUACGGCGGCUCCGUGUGGGACAACCUGAAGCGGG